CUUCAAAUCACUCCUUUCUACUACUCUACUCCUCGGUCUCUCUCUCUCUCUCUCGCUCUUCAAAGUCUUCUGGUUCGUUUCUUUCACCGGGGGUCUUUCUUGAUUGCAUUCUUAUGCAAUUAUUUUGCGAUCGGGGUCUUGCUGAAUUUCUCAGAAUAACUGGUUAUUGGGUUACAAACAUCUUAAUCUUACGUGGGUUUCAUUUUCUUGAUCAUUUUCCGGGAAAAUUCUUCAAGAAAACAUGGCAGAUGAAAGUACUCAGGAGGUGGAGUUGAUUGGUAGGCACGGCCUCAUAAAGAAACAUGAAUUGGUGAGAGUGAUCAUUCAAUGUCUCUACUCAUUGGGCUUCAACAUUUCUGCAUCUCAAUUGGAACAAGAAUCCAAUGUUUCGCGCAAGAAUUCACAAUUCACAGUGCUUGAAUCGCUAAUCAUGGAAGGAAAUUGGCAAGAAAGUAUUCGAUUUCUUGUCGAGGAAAUGAAGGGUCAAAUCAAGAGUAUAGAAGAUCGAGCUUCUGUUCUACAAAACAUCCUUGGACAAUGCAUUUUGGAAUAUGCAGAGAGAGGCGAUUACGCCUCGGGUUUGAGGUUCCUCCGAAGAGAUUACUCUGAAUUUGGCGUGUUAAAGAGGAGGAUAGAUCGAUUGGGCAUGGAAUUGUUGUUUAGAGAUGAUAGAAUGAGAGAGCUUAGUCACAUGAGAAGAGAGUUGGUGUAUGCAUUGGAGAUAACGCUUCCUCCACCAUUUGCGGUGUCUGAUAGGAGGUUAGAGAAGUUGGUUGAAUUGAGUGUUUACUCUCAGACGUUUUUUUGUAGGUACCACAAUACCCGGGAUGCGAUUUCUCUCUAUCAGGACCAUUAUUGCCCCAACGAAGAUCAUAUCCCAACUCAGACUAUUCAGGUAUUGAAUUCCCAUGAGAAUGAAGUUCUGUUUGUUCAAUUUUCACAUAAUGGGGCAUUCUUGGCCUCGGCAUCAAGAGACUGCACAGCCAUCAUAUGGAAGGUGCCCGAGCAAGGUAAUUUGACAGUGGAACGUACUCUGCGCGGACAUGAAAACCCUGUUUAUUUUCUCUCCUGGAGUCCUGACGACACCAUGCUAGCCACGUGUGGAGAAGAAACUCUCAAUUUAUGGGAUGUAGAAACUGGAGUGCGGAGGUUUUCAUUUCAACCUCGUGUCCCUAUCUUGAGCUCUUGUGCUUGGUUUCCAGAUUCAACAAGAAUAGUUUUUGGAUCUUGUGGACCGAGAAAGUGCAUCUACAGGUUAAAAAUCAAUGAGAAUAGGCUUACUCGAUGGGUUAGAACCAACAAACCCACAAUUACUGAUUUAGCUAUCACGCCCGAUGGAGAGAAUUUUAUUUGUGUCUUUUCGCAAGAAUAUAACAGUUACAUCAUAAUAUGGAACCAAAGAAGGCAUACUAAGUUUGUUAUCUCAGAGAUGUCGCCAAUCACUUCAGUUUGUGUCUCUGCUGAUAGUUUGUGGCUACUAGUGAAUCUCAGCGGCCAUGAGAUCCACUUGUGGAAUGUUGCCGGAAGCUUUGGUGAACCGUACAAACGCUUGCAUCGAACGCAAAUCAAGUUUGUGAUUCAUUCUUGCUUUGGGUUGGAUGCCAGGUUUUUUGCUAGCGGUAGCGAGGACUCGCAGGUUUAUAUCUGGCACACCGAAUCCCCGGAGCCAAUCAAGAUUUUAAGAGGCCAUUUAAUGGUGGUGAACUGCGUAAGCUGGAAUCAAAGGCGCCCGGAAAUGUUGGCAUCAGCAAGCGAUGACAAGACCAUCCGCAUAUGGAUGGCUGCUUCUCAUAUCAACUAAGAUUCAUCAUCAUCAAUUCAUGAUCAAGCGUCAUUGUUGCUGAAUUCCGAGCUUGUUUCGUUCAAGUUUAUUCUAACAAGUUGGAAGGAUCUUCUGAUGAUUAUUCGUGUGCAACUAACCAGCUUUGGAAAACGUUCAUUACAUAGUUUUCAUUUUUGACAUUUUCUGCUAAUAUUCCUGGAUUGCAAAUUUGAGACAAAUGUCACUUCCUCAAUAGGACUAUUUUCUGAUCAGUUCAUAUAAGAGAUUGACAAUGUCUCUUCCGUAUAUGUCCAAAGAGUCCUAGGAGAUUGUUUGAUAAAAGAGAAUUUUAGUGUCACCAUUUCAUUUCACA